GUAAGAUGCGCACCGCUCUCGCAACCGUGCUGCUUUACCUUUCCUCAUUGCCGGGACCGGGGAGUACUACUUCGAACCUUUUCGAAGUCCACGAAUUCCUGUUCAUGAACAAGUCGAUCUUGUACCUCUGGAAGCGACGCAGUAACCCGAAGGCCGACAGGUUCUGCCUCUGCUACGGCCCGUCGGCGGCCAUGAGUCGCCAUUUCGGCGCCUUCAACUGCAGCGCCAGCCGCAGGGGAGCGCUGUGCCACGUGCGCGACUCGUUCGCCGGGUGCUUCGGCAACGCCGAGCUGGCGCAGGCAUCGCCACAGCGGCGCGACGCCUUCGUGAUCCCCGCGCGGCUGCCGUCGCUGCCCCUUGCCGAAUCGACGGCGGGGGCCACCAUCCAAUGCCGGCUGAUCGACAACACGACGGCGGACGUGCUGGGCGACUUCCCGGGAAACACGAACCUGACCUUCUGCGGUGUGGACGUGUGCCGGCACUGCGUGGGUGGCUUCAGCAACAGGACCUUCUGCACGUCGCUUUGGACGAGGGACCCCCUCCUGAAGUUCGAGCCGGUGGCCCAGUCUGACUUCGCGGUGGGCGUUCGGUGGCGCGGUGCGCGGGCUGCCGACCAGACGUUCACGGCCAAGGUGUGCGCCUCGGAGGGCAACUGCUACAUGGAGUGCUUCGAGGAGCAGGUGCCCGGGGCCAGCGGCCAGUUCCUGGUGCCCACCGACCUGUGGCGGUUCCGCAUCGCCAUCUAUAUGCGCCGCCACGACGGCACCACGUUGUACCAGAAAAACUUUCGAAGCAAAAGGCUGGCGCCCGACCGACCUUGCUUCUCGACGGGCGUUGUGAAAAGCUGGUCGGAGAUCUGGCUCUACUGGUGGCCCCAGGACGACACGAGUGACGGCUACGUGGUGAGCUGGUGCGGCGGCUCCGACGAAGGCAGCCACCACGCUGUCACCGCCGUCGUUGCCGGUGCUACCGUCGCGCCGGCGUACGAGAACUGCUCGACGGACGUGAGUGGCUCGUCGAUCGCUCUUCGACACCUGCAGGCAUUCACCAAGUAUGUGUUCAGCAUGCGCGCCUACCGAUGGCUGGAUGCCAACAAGACCGAGAGACUCUUCAGCCGUCCCCUCAAGUCGCAGCCCAUCGUGCUCAUCAACCCGAGCUUCAUACCAGUCUUCGUCUUUGUGGCCAUACCAGCGGUGUCGGCGAUCGUGUCCAUCGUUCUCAUCCUUGCCAACACGGUGCUGCGCAGGGAACUGCCCUCACCCCGCUUGAACAGAGCACCCGAGCAGCAGCAGCCGCGAAGAAACCCCACGUACCACAGACCACCGCAGCUUCCACCCAUCGUGCUGAGAAGGCAUUCCCACGGGGACUUCGAGUGACGCCUUGGCGGUUACAUCCGCCUCAACCAGUUGUAAUAAAAAAAGCGCCAGCAGAAAUAUAUUUUAAUCUGAUAACGUUAUAAACGAACUCCACUUACCAUAUACGGCUUUCCUGAACAUCGAAUUCAGUUCGAGUGACCUAA